UCAUUCUCCUUGAAAUCAACCCAGAACUUCAGUACAUUAGCACCAUGGUCAACUCCCCUUGUGGUUCCAGCUGCUCUGGCCAAGGCCUCUGUCAAGAGACUUGUUGUACUCCUAGCUGUGGCCCCCAGAUCUCCUGUUGCAGUCCAGCUUGCUGCCAGACUACUUGUUGUGGUACAACUUGUUGCCGCCCCAGCUGCAGUGUGUCCAGCUGCUGUCGCCCCAGCAAUUGUGGGUCCAGCUGUUGCCGCCCAACCUGUUGCCAGUCUAGUUGCUGCCGCCCCACAUGCUGCCAGACUACUUGUUGCCAUACAACUUGCUGCCGCCCCAGCUGCGGUGUGUCUAGCUGCUGCCGCCCCAGCUGCGGUGGGUCCAGCUGUGGUGUGUCUAGCUGCUGCCGCCCCAGCUGCGGUGGGUCCAGCUGCAGUGUGUCUAGCUGCUGCCGCCCCAGUGGCUGUGGGUCCAGCUGUUGCCGCCCAAUCUGCUGCCAGUCUAGUUGCUGCCGCCCCACCUGCUGCCAGACAACCUGUUGUGGCACAACUUGCUGCCGCCCCAGCUGUGGUGUGUCUAGCUCCUGCCACCCCAGCUGCAGUGGGUCCAGCUGUGGUGUGUCUAGCUGCUGCCGCCCCAGCUGCGGUGGGUCCAGCUGCGGAGUGUCUAGCUGCUGCCGCCCCAGUGGCUGUGGGUCCAGCUGUUGCCGCCCAAUCUGCUGCCAGUCUAGUUGCUGCCGCCCCAUCUGCUGCCAGACCACCUGUUGUAGAACCACUUGCUGCCGCCCAAGUUGGAGCACUUUGAAGUCAGAGCACAAAAUUAUGACUUCAGGGCAAAUGGGCAAAGGAGAGAAUUUAAUUUUGGAGAGAGCAUCCACACCUGAAAAACCAACUACUCUUUCCACUCAAAUCAAACCAAAACCAGCCAACAUCAUGGUCAGCUCCUGCUGUGGCUCUGUCUCCUCUGGCUGUUGCCAGCCCAGUUGUUGCCAGUCUAGCUGCUGCCAGCCCAGCUGUUGCCAGUCCAGCUGCUGCCAGCCCUGCUGUAGCCAGUCCUGCUGCUGCCAGCCCUGUUGUCCACCCAGGUGCUGCCUGCCAGUCUCCUGCCAAACCACCGUGUGCCGCCCAGUGAGCUGUGUGCCCAGGUGCAACCGCCCCAUCUGUGACACCUGUUGCCCCCGUCGCUGCUGUCCCCCUUGCUGCAGACAGGACGGCUGCUGCUGCCCCAUCUCCUGCUGCCCCACCUCCUGCACAGCUGUGGUCUGUAGACCUUGCUGCUGGGCUUCCACCUGCUGCCAGCCCAUUUCUGUGCAGUCUCCUUGCUGCAGACCUCCUUGCUGCCAGCCAGCCCCCUGCCGCACCACCUGCCACACCUGCCCCACCUGCUGCUCCUCCUGCUGCUGAGCAUCUAUGUCUCUUCUGAGUCAUUCAAAUCAGAUGGAAAAUUUUAUCUCAUGAAGUGCCAAUGUUCAUCAUUACAUUCUUCCACUUGGGCCAGGCUUUUUCUGUACAUCAAAUGACAGUUUCUCAGUUCUCCAUGCUAUAGGACUUAGAAUCAAUUUCUAGAGGCAAAUGGCUCAUUGGAAAUUAUUUACAUGAGCUUUCCAAAUUCAUCCCAAUAGAUUCUAAACUUCCUGUAUUCUCAUUGGCAUCCUGAGUCUCAAAUAUAUCUAUUAUAUUCCAUCUUC